CCCCAGAUUAAAAAAAAAAAAACAAACCAAAAUCGAUUAGACAAAUUUCGUUGGUAAACCGCUCGGUACAAUAGUCAUCCAAAAGUCGGAUUCGCCGAUCUAGAAGACGACGACGACGACCAAACACUCCGAUCAACGGUCCUCCGAUUCUCUCUCUCUCUCUCUCUCUCUCUCUCUCUCUCUCUGAAGAGUGACCGCUUUCGUCGUGACCUGAGAAAUGUCGCAGCAAAUCAGCGGUAAUAAUAUCCCGCUGAGUGAAGUUUACUGGUCUCUUGUUAACAAAGCCGAUAAGAAAUUCUCCAAGAUCAGAGACUUGCCCUUCUAUGAACGCUCCAGGUAUGAAAACUAUUUCUUCAAGGUAUUCAAAGUAUACACACAGUUAUGGAAGUUUCAGCAAGAGAAUCGGCAGAAGCUUGUUGAAGCUGGACUUAAGAGAUGGGAGAUUGGAGAGAUCGCAUCUCGAAUUGCACAGCUUUACUAUGGACAUUAUAUGCGGACAAGUGAUGCCGGUUACUUAUCCGAGUCUUAUGUAUUCUACGAAGCAAUACUCACUAGAGAGUACUUCAAAUAAGGAUUGUUUCAGGAUAUUAAUAUUGCAAACAAACAGCUACGGUUUCUUGCAAGGUUUCUUAUGGUGUGUUUGGUCCUUGGCCGCCGUGAGAUGGUGCAUCAACUUGUUGAUCAGUUUAAACGGUUGAUAGAUGAAUGCAAGAGGACAUUCCAGGAAACCGAUUUUAAAGAAUGGAAGGUUGUGGCGCAGGACAUAGUUAGAUUUCUGAAAUCUGACACUGCAUUUAUGAACACUAGACCUCUAAGAUACAGUCUUGUUCUGGAUCCUAAUCUGGAUGCUGGUACACCGCGUGCUAGUAGAUCUUUAAGGUUGACGGAUGCAAUCUUGAGCAGCUAUUAUUAUAACGAGGUCAAGUAUUCGGAGCUCACGCUCGAUUCUUUUAGGAUGCUUCAAUGCUUAGAGUGGGAACCGAGUGGUUCACUAUAUCAAUCAACUGGUGCUAAAAUGGGUCUGAAUGCUCCCGUUGGAGUUUCUCGUAUUAACUCCCAGAGCAUGAAUGAUCCUACUUUGCCACCUAACCCUCGCAAAGCUGUCCUUUAUCGUCCAUCCAUAACACAUUUUUUGGCUGUUUUGGCCACUAUUUGUGAGGAGCUUCCUUCUCAUGGCAUUCUUUUAUUAUAUCUGUCUGCUUCUGGCAAGAAUGGACAGAUUUCAUCAUCUCCUUUGAGUGCUAGAAGUGCAACCAAUGUUGAGGAGAAUAUCUUGAGAGACUUUGAAUCUCACACAAUCACACAAGAGAGAGACCCAUCACUUCAAAUUACCCCAUCUGGUCAGUCUUUGAGGCAAAUCAGUGAGGACGCAGUCAGUACCCCAUGUGGUCUGUCUUUUGGCAGUCAUGGGCUCACAGGUAUCCACUCCAUAAUUCUUGAAACUUUUAUGUAAACAUCCAUUAGGCGAUAUGCAUGUAGAGAGGAUCCAUGUAUAUCUUCUAGAGGGCAGAAGGAGGAUACUUGUAAGAGAAAAAUCUUUGAUAAAAUUGGACCUUUGUGAUAAUUCCAAUUAAAUAUGUUUCGUA